AUGGUCAGGCAGCUCCUGGAGCCCUUUCUUCAGGCAGACAAUCAUGCAUGUCCACUGAGAGCUCAGUGUGGGCCAGGCACUGACCCAGCCCCCCAGGGGGCCAAGCUCUGCAAAUCUCUCCUCAUCGAGAGGGGCAACAAAAGGACAACAAAUGAAGGACCCAGUGAUUUGAAAUUCCAGAGCACCACUCUGCCAAAAACUGGGUCAUGGCCUCGAGUCUGCAGUGCCGCCGGCCAGUUCCAGACUAUUAAUGAAUCUCUCCUCAAUUACGAGAGGAGCUUCGCUCAAGUCGGGGAUGAAGCCAAAGACCCCAGGGACGAUGACUACGAAGCCCCCGGGUUUCCCAUGGCCGGGCCGUGGCAACUGAUGAAAAUUCUACCAGCCAGGCCUCUAAAGGAAUCCGAAUAUGCAGAUACGCGCUGUUUGAAGGAUGCGGUGGCCUCCCCCCUCUCCUUAGAUGGCAAGAUGUCUCUCCCUGCAGAGGCGCGAAGCUGGCACACACAGAUGAAGCUGGACGACGUGGACAGACACAUUUCCAAGGACAUCAGAAGCCAGCAUGUUAGCAGAGACAAAUCCCCCAAGAGAAACAAGACUCCUUUACCGCCUCCUCGGCUACCGGUGGCCCCUCUUCCGAAGAUGUACCAGCCCCUUCCCCCCGAGCCGGACAGCAGCAGGUCACCCCUGCCGAAGAGGCACAUCUACCCCGAGGUCCAGAGAGGGCCCAGACAGAUAAGCUUAAAGAACUUAAGUGAGGUCCUUGGAACAGAGAAAGUUCCUUAUCACCAGAGGAAGCCUGAAGCUUGUCACCUGUCAUGGAAUCAAAGCGCUCCAGAGACCCCUCAUGCCGUCGCCAGCUCUUCACUCAAGAUGAGCCGCCACAGAGUGCAAAACCGAGAUCAUAAAGGAAGCGUGCAGCCCCAGCCUUCUCGGAGAUGCCCGGCUCCGGCCAGCGUCGGCCCUCGGGAGCACGCUCCUCCCCGCAGCGCUGCCAGCAGCAGAAAGCCCCUCCCCGCCAGGCCCGGGGAAGAGGCUGUCCAGCACCACAACGAAUGGUACGUCGGGGAGUACAGUCGCCAGGAGGUCGAGGAGGCCUUGCUAAAGGAAAACAAGGACGGCGCUUUCUUGGUCCGAGACUGUUCCAUGAAGUCCCAGACAGAGCCCUAUGUUUUGGUGGUGUUUUAUGGGAACAAAGUCUACAACGUGAAAAUCCGCUUCCUGGAGAGGGAUCAGCAGUUUGUUCUGGGGACGGGACUCAGAGGAGGUGAAAGGUUUGACUCGGUGGAAGACAUCAUCGAACACUACAAGUGUUUCCCUAUUGUGCUCGUCGACGGGAAAGAUAAAACCGGGACUCGCAGGGAACAGUGCUACCUGGCUCAGCCACUGCCUCUCAACAAACUCUCCUCCCCUCGGUAGGCGCGCCUGUUUUAUCUUCAGCUCCCUGGACCCAAGGCCCCUAUUAUUUGACGCUUCUUUCCAAAGGUUAUUUUCUGUGGCUUUAAGUAAUUACGUUUUGACAUUGUAGAAAAGAAAAACAGUCUAUGGUGGAAACUGCUAACUCAAUCAUGGCUUUGAAAGCUCACAUCACAGAAGAGACAUAUAAGAGAGGCAAAAG